AUGGCCCUGAGUUUGCACAGGGCACUAAAGGCCUCUGUUAAGCUCUCCACGUCCUUCAGGGUGUUCAGGCGUCACUUUCAGAAGUUGCCACGAAUACACAGCGGCAUGAUGUGGAGGUUAGUAAGUUGCACACUGUGCCUGCUUGUCUCUUCACAGCUCAGUUUAUGGUCUGUUUGGGCGACAGCAGAUGAGCUGGACGGCGAGGUCAAGAUGGAAGUUUUGUUCAAGCCCGAGACGUGCACCCCAAAGAGCAAAAGAGGAGAUCUGAUGAACGCUCAUUACGAUGGGUACCUCGCCAAAGAUGGGUCUCAGUUCUACUGCAGUCGAUCAGACAAAGAUGGACACCCCCAGUGGUUUGUGCUGGGCGUCGGACAAGUCAUCAAGGGCCUUGAUAUAGGGAUGGAAGAUAUGUGUCCUGGAGAGAAGCGGAAAAUAACUGUUCCACCUGCCCUGGCCUUUGGAGAAAAAGGCAAAGGUCCAGUGCCUCCCAAUGCUACGGUGGUGUUUGAGGUGGAGGUCUACUCUGUGUCCAGGGGACCAC